UGUGCGUCUAUAGUUGGUCUGCCCAACUGCCCUAAACCACAACAAGAAGAGCAAGACGACAGCAACAGCUGAUUGUGACGUCAGAAAGCAACAUGGCGGACUGGGACAGAGGCCAUGGCUCUGUGGACAACAUGCUGGAUGCUGAAAACAGACGAAUGGCUGAAAACCUGGCCACUAAAGUCUCCAGACUGAAAUCUCUGGCUUACGACAUCGACAGAGAGGCGGAGGACCAGAACGACUACUUGGACAACAUGGACUCCAACUUCCUGAGCGCGACGGGCCUGUUAACCGGCAGCGUGAAGCGCUUCUCCACAAUGGUCCGAUCCGGCAAAGACCACCGCCGCCUCCUCUGCUAUGUGUCUGGGGGGCUGAUCCUGGGCUUCUUCCUUCUCUAUUACCUGGUUUCCAGGAUCCAGAGCUGAUUCCAGGAGAACAUCGUCAACCAGGGACCCAUGUUGACAUGACUCUAAGACUGACAGACCUGAGCUGAUUGGCUUGAGUAAUCUCCAAGGUUCUCACGCUAAGAGAGGAAUUGAGAAUAACUGAAUGUAUAUAUGUGUAUAUUUCGCUGAACCGAUGUGAAGCAGGUGGUGUUUGCCGUCUCACCAGGGGAGACUGUAGAGGGUGUUGCAAAAGAAAAUGAAGUAUUUAGUUAAAAAAAAAGUGGAGAACAAAUCCACACGCCUAUACGUCUACUGGGACCAGAUUGAAGGCUAACGUGAACCGUUCUCAAUUUUAAAUAUAUUCCAGCAUUUAUAUAGCAACAAUAGGCUUGUGGUGAUAACAUGAUAAUUCUGUUAUCUUGGGGCUUUCUCAUGAAAAGAUGAUUGCUUUAGGAAACAAUGGUGGGCUCAUGCUAACAGUGGUUUGAAAAAAAGAAGCUGGUUAGUGGUUGUUUGCUCUCCUACACAGCUGUCUGUAGAGCCACCGAGUACCAGUGAUGCGUUUAAGAACCACCGAUAAACUUAGUAGCUCGUUCUAAGUUUUUAUUUUUUACAGCAAAUGAUUCUGUCUUUCCUAUCAGCAAACAUAUUCCUAUCCUUACUCAGAAGGUACUAAGUGUUACCAUUUGUAAUUUCCCAGUUCUUUUGCCAUGUAUGGUGAAAUCUGACUAAAACAGGAGACUCUUGCACUGAUUAUGUUUGACCAGUAAUCACAUCAUCAGAGUUUCAACACUGUCUUAUUUAGCAAUCCCUAAAUGUUGAGAGAGAAAAAUAAGCUAGAAGGAAGAUUAAAACUAUAAUUUGUUUUUUUCAGAUAAAGGGCUCAAGUGCAUGAUAUGUUUUAAUAUGGACAGACGGGUACUGCGUUGUUGCAUCAGAGACACAGUCGUAGCUUUUACUACAAAAGAUCGGUGGAUUGUUUCCCUGCGGGGGCAGAUUGCCAGGAUGCUUUAGAUUUAAAGUGAAACGAACCGACUUAUGAAUAAACAUAGUUUGAUUUCAAUGAUAAGUAUCACACAGAGACACAACCACAUCCUCGUCAUUGCAUCUGUUCUUUUAGGACUGAAGUAGUUCAUUCGAUUUAGGCUGUCCAAAUAUCUCACAACCAUUGGUGAGCAGCGGACAUGGUCUGUUCAUUUUGUAGAACAGGCUUGUUGCACUGAGAGCUGUGAGCGCUGCGGGGCACCGUCCAGGAAAACCCCAGCUGAUCAAAAGCCUCGACAUUUUUCUCCUGUUGGCCUCAGGUAGAAAGUACCUCUACCCGGCACUUUCAGAAGAACAGAGAACUCUUUUCAUUUGAAUACAGCAUUUUAACAUUUCCCUUCUUUUUCUUGUCCUGUGAGGAGAUGUUUUAAUGGACCGUGUGUUUAUUAUGAUAAUUCUCUGAAACUAGAUGAUCUUUGAAAUUUACUGGGUAGUAUGUGUCACAGAUCAUAUUUUAUUUUUUGUAUUUUCUUUCUUGAAGUGAAAUGCUUAAAUAUUUUUCUCAAGAAGUUUAGAUAGAGAUGGUAUAGUUUAUGCUGUUGUAUUUUUUUAAGGGGAUUUAGAUGGAAAAAAUAUUUUGUUCAGAAAAAGGGUUACGGCUUUCAAUAAAGUGUAUGCUACAUUCUA